AUGACCAGCCUCAAGCGCCUAUUUUAUAUACGUCAAAGUUUGCUGCUCUUAUUUACGCAGAGAUUCAUUGACUACCAACUCAUGGCAAACAACAUCGAUACUUCGUCGAAAUCAUUGAACUCUCGUAUCGAAGAAUUAAAACAGUCAUUAAUGCCUUGGCGGCAUAUACUAUUACCAUUAAAUGAUUUACUUCGAUGGAGACAUAAGCAACAUCCAUUUGUUAUCUUUGGUUCCAUCACAUUGAUUUAUCUGUUUAUUUCUCAAACCAACCCGUCUGUUCUAACGUUCAUCAGUUGUUUUGUUUUAAUCCUUGUAUUGCUUGAUUUUUUGGCACCGAUUAGCAUUUCCUUGUUAUUCAAAAAUGAAAAGUGGACAUCAAUGCAUGAUACUCAAUAUGCAGAAUUAUGCAAACAGAUCGCAAAUCUUGAACAAUUUCUCAGAUCUAAGUAUCAAUUAGUAUUACAAAUACGUGAAGAACAACCAACAAUGUAUUUAAUCGUUGGUGGAAUAUGUCUCGGCUUUGUCGCACUCUGUUGUCAACACUUUGACAAUCUUUUUCUAAGUUAUUCAAUAACUCUGAUUAUUUGUUUACUACCUGGUAUUUGUCAUCGUACGGAUUUAUUUAAUCAAAUACUGGAAACUAAUUGA